AUGUUUCUGAAUCUAAUCAAGGGCCUCGAAAAAAAUGAGGCCAAGGAAGACGUAAUUAGCAUAAACAUUCAGAAAUUACUUGCAGACAAAACAUAUGAAAAGAGGAAGAAGGGCGCGCAGGAAAUAGCGGAAGUCGUGAAACUUUUGCUUCUAAAGGAAAAGGAGGAUGAACAGGUCCAGGUGGAUCACAUACUCAAUGAGUGUAAUCAGGAUGGAGGCGCUUCAGGGGAAUACAACAACUUUGCACACAAGGAUAUCAACACAUUUCAAGGGUUUAAUUCGCAAACGGAGGUAGACGUGGUAAACAGUGAACACUACUUUAGGGACUACACCGAUCAGGGGAAAAGGACCGACGAGGUGAGCGUCGAACAUGAGAAAAGAACAGACGAGGUGAACGUAGAACAGGACAACAACCAUCGGGAAAAAAAAAAAUCUGGAGAAGUGGAGAAGAUGAGCAGCAUGCUGAAGGAACCGAGCGAAGAGAAACUCCUCCUGGGCUCGGAAAUAAUUAAGAAGCUCCUCUUGGAGAAAUACCAAGAGAAUUUCCAUAUUGAUUUAGCCAUCGGGAAGUCAACAGGUUUGCUUCAGGGCAAGCAUGAGCGUGGAAUGUCCACCAUAACCCCCGCAGAGAUGAACCAAAUGGAAAAAAAAAAAAAAAAAAAAAUGAACAAGUUAGGAAUAUCAAACCGUCUGAGCGAGCUGAGUCAGGUAAACAAAAUAUUGUACGAACACGAUGCUGACAUAGAAAACGUCACAAAUAAAUACCAAAACAAAAAGGUUAUCAGUAUAAUAAAUUUCUUGGAGGAAAAAUUUGUCCAAAGCAUACACCCCGCAGAAAGGUGUGGAGGACUCAUAGCCUUGGCGUUCAUCUCCAUCACUGUAGAUACACAAAUCAAGUUUUAUUUCUCUGCUAUUUUGAAAUUAAUUAUCUCAUGCGUAAGUGAUCCGGAUCCCAAAGUCAGAUAUUAUGUGUGUGAAAGUCUGUACAAUCUUUGCAAAGUAUCCAAAAGUGUAGUUUUUUAUUAUAUCGAAGAUAUUUUUGAUUGUCUCUUUCGCAUUUUUUCCGAUACUUGUCCAAAUGUGAAAAGUGGAGGAGCCUUUCUUGAUAAUUUAUUAAAAGACCUGACUUGUUCAUACAAUAAUGUUUUUAAUAUUUACAAAAUUAUUUUCAUUUUAAAGGAGAGGAUUGGGAUAGAAAAUUCAAACGCAAGACAAGUCAUUCUAUCUUGGCUUCUUCUCUUUCAGAACAUCAAAACGGUUAACUUAUUUGAAUAUUUCCAUUUCUUCAUUAGCGAUCUUUUCCUUAUGUUAGCAGACCAAAACAGAGAUAUUCAAAAACAAGCAAAUCAAUGUCUGGACUUAUAUGUAGAUAAAAUUAUCACUUCAAAUUAUGAACAAGUCAGGUCAUUUUUUAAACAUAUUGCAUUUAUUUUUAUUGAUUUUUGUAUUCAUAAAAAUACCAUUAUAAAACAUAAAUGUCUCCUUUGGCUUUAUCAUUUUAUUCAAAUUUUAAAUGUUCAUUUUUAUGCCAUUUAUCGAAAUGCAAAAAAAAAUAAUUUGUUUAUUUGCGAGUUGAUUAAAAGAAUUAUCGCCUGCACAGCUCAUCUACAUUUUGAUAUCCAUUACACGGCUAGAAAAUGUAGCGAGCUUCUCAUUAGUUUUAUUAAAUUUUCUGAAAUGAAGUGUGCGCCUCUUUUGACCAAGCUUAUUUGUUCCAUUAUCUGCAACACUAUCAGCAAGGUUGAGCUUUCCGCGAAAAAUGAAAUUAGCCAGACGGGAGAAACUAGGCACUCAGUGGAGGCCCAUCCUGCGAGUGAAGGAAAUUCAUCACGAGAAAUUAACCGCAGAAGGAGCAAACCGAUCCAUGUGAGCAGGCGUGGAAAGCGGGUUACUGAUCACACCCCGCAGAGGAGAAGUCAACAAGAGAGUGAUCACACUGUGGGGGGAAGAAGCGAACCAGGCAAGGACUCCUCCCGCCAGAGACGUUCACUGAACUGCGAGUCGAAGGAAAACGAAGCGGGGGAGGACAACAUGCCCGAAAGGACAGAUAAAACAGAUUAUCCAGAUGAUCCAGACAGUGCAAACGAAGCGUACUUGCUAGAAGGUGCGCAUGGUGGUGCAGGAAGUGACGAUUUUAGCUUCGAGUCGUACAACUUGUUUUACCAGGAGGGAGACACCUCAGACGAGGAGGGAAGCAAAGAGGGGGCACGGGCAGACACAUCUCCCAAUGGAAUCGAUGGAGAAGGUGUUCAGGCCAAUGAACAGGAGGGGGAUCAGCAGAAGGAGAAGGAAAAGGGGGGAGAGGAAGGGGAGGUCCCCCCCCGGUGCAACAACUACAAUUCGAAAUUCCUGCAGAAGCACGAGCGAUUGAUGAGCGAACUGAGGAUGAAGAAAAUUCCGCUCCGCGAUCCCCUGAAGACGGAAGCCUACUACAUUAAGAAACUUGCCAAGCGGGUCAGUCACCACGGGAACGUCAGCGAGGGGGAAAUCACAGGUGCAGAAAGAGGUGUAAGCAGAGAUUCAGUUCAGGGUGCACGCGCAGACGCGGAGAGAGAGACACAACUAAGCGGCGGUGCAAACGGGAAAGGAGCUUCCAAUCGUCGCGCUGAUCCGUCAUCAGACAUGGAGGAAGAUAUCUUCCAGGAUAGUUUGGAUAAGAGGAGCAUCUAUCCAGUGAUCAUCUGUUUGCAAUGGUUGAUAGAAAUGUUGAUGUACAAAAAUGAAGUGAUAAAGAAGCACUACGAUGAAAUAAUUACCUGUGUAUUUAAAUGUCUGCGAAAUAACGACAAGCAGGUGGUACUACUCUCCCUAACGGUUCUCUCCGCCAUGUGUUCAACCGUGGACAAUAAGUUCCACUUCUACCAACAAGUGAGUAGUAAUUUAAUUGCUCUCUUUCGAAAUGAUGAAAACUUACUAAUACAUAAGGGAAAAACUAUUGUUCAACACUUAUCACGAUGUCUAAACAACAAGAAGUUCUUCGCCUACCUCUCCUAUUCUCUGAUCAAUGAAGAAAAGAUACCCUUUGUUACUAAAUUCAUUCAAGUGUUAUGUUGGGUUCUUCUAACAUCAGAGGAGACUAAAUAUUUAAGAAAUGCUCUUUUUCUCAAGAAACAAUAUUCCUUGUUCUCUCUUAUUUUGAUAUCCUGGUUAAGGAAUCCAAUUUCUGCCAUUUCAUUCCUUUUAUGGUUACAGAAGUACAAGUUGGCUUACCUUAUCUGCUCCUACUUGUCCUUAUUGAAUCUGAAUUCUGACAUCUUCCAUCAACUGGACAAUUUAAUUUUUCUUCUAGAGUCUCCUAUUUUUUCUAAACAGAGAAUCCAUCUUGCUUACCCCCAGAAUUACCCCUUCUUAAUUAAGUCGCUCAUGAUACUCUCCUUGAUGCUUCCGCUGAACACCUCCAAUAAUAUUUUGCAGAAGAGGCUGCAGAUGUCUCAGCUCUCAAUUUUAACGAACGGGCAGAAGGUGUCCUCCUUCGUGGACGCACACAACCACAACGGGUUACUUCACGGGGAGGAAAUUAGCAGCAUGAAGAGAAACAAGGGCGGUGAGGAAGAUAAGAAAGGGGAGAUGGACGAGGCCCUCCUAAACGUAGCCCAGGACUUGCAGUCAUCCCAAACAGACCAUGUGAUGGAAUUGCUCAAAAUGGAAGAUGAAGAAGAAAAGAAAGAAUAUAGCCUUAUCGAACUUACCAAGGAGGAGAGGGCCAAGGAGGAAGCCACAUGGAACGACAAAUAUAAUUACCUUCUAAGUGCUGUGCGGAAGAAGCUGAUCACUCAGGGCCUGCCAGACCAGGACACAGACGAGUGCACUGAAUUUGUGAAUAUUUUCAAGACAGUUCUCCGCUCCAGUCACAUUGUUAAAUAUUACGUCUAG